AUAUUUCCAUCGUUAUCACUUGCUAAAGUUUCGUGACCUAUUAUUCGUCAACGUUGGGUCGGACUUGUUCUCUGCUUUGAUUGGAUAGCGUCGCCUCUGUGCACAAGCCAAUGAAUGCGCUCCGUGCUUCUACAAGAAGGUAGCCUUGGCGCUAGUAGCUCACUCGCGAUUUUUCAUACGACAAAGAUACAAUGAGUGGAAGAGGCAAAACCGGCGGAAAGGCUAGAGCCAAGGCAAAGACUCGUUCUUCUAGGGCCGGUCUUCAGUUUCCCGUUGGCCGUGUGCAUAGGCUGCUACGCAAGGGUAACUAUGCUGAGCGAGUCGGUGCUGGCGCUCCGGUUUACUUGGCUGCUGUGCUCGAGUAUCUGACGGCUGAAAUUUUGGAGCUGGCUGGUAACGCUGCUCGGGACAACAAGAAGACUCGCAUCAUCCCGCGACACCUGCAGCUGGCUGUGCGCAACGAUGAAGAGUUGAACAAACUGCUGGGUGGCGUUACCAUCGCCCAAGGUGGUGUCCUGCCUAACAUCCAAGCUGUGCUUCUGCCCAAGAAGACCGAGAAACCAGCUAAGGGCAAAUAAGUGUGUGACCCAGGCUGAAAUCAUCCCAAAGGCUCUUUUAAGAGCCACCUAUAUUAUUAUAAAAGGCACUGUACUCCAAACCGAUAUUAACGACCACCAUUCUUAGUGAGUAACUAAAAUAUGCUUCACUAACAAGAGGUGGCUGUACAGGUGCCUGUAAGGCACGUGGUAGGCGAUACAAGGAAAUAUCAGUUUGACUUAUGAAUACCGAAGAGUCUUCCUAUAUAUUCCUAUAAUUAUAGGCAUGUAGUUAUGCUUAUACAUUCGGUUUCUUUGAAUUCCGUCUGUAAUGUGUGUGUACAUUUAGGUGACCAUUUAAUUCUACCAGCGGAUAGCCAGUCACGGUACUAAAAUAUAAAAUCCUCUAUCGUUCACAAGCGAAAGCAGGGCAACAAAGUAUUUAA